AAGCACACCACACCAUACAUUACCACAAACAAGAGAAGAACCAGACAGAGGCUAGCACCAGCAGUCCAGCACACACGCGACGACCAAGAAGGAAUGGGCCUGUGUGUGUCGUACGACGCGGCGGCCGACGGCCCGGCGACCGCGGGGGUGGUGCUCCCAAGCGGCGAGCUCCGAGAGUACUCGAUGCCCGCGACGGUGGCGCUGGCCCUGGAGGAGGUCGGCGAGAAGGGGUGGUUCCUCUGCGACGCCGACAGGAUGGAGUUCGACGGCUCCGUCACGGCGGUGCCUGCCGGCGAGGAGCUCCGGCCGGGGCACAUCUACUUCGUUCUCCCGGCAAAGACGCUGGGCCGCUGCCUCACCCCCGAUGAGGUGGCCUCUCUCGCCGUCAAGGCCAGCGCCGCCCUCGUCAAGGCCGCCACCGCCUCGUCAGCCAGCGGCCGCCGGCGCCGUCGGGGCUCGGUGGCGCCGCUCGUGUUCGUGCCGUCCGAGGACGACUACUCGGCCGAAGAUACCUUCACCAUGGCGACGUUCGCGGUGAAGCCGACGGUGACGCAGAAACGGAGGGUGGCGUACCGGGGCGGCAGGUCGCCGCCGCGGUUCUCGCCCGAUUUAACCGCCAUUUUGGAGAGCGAGUAGAGGUGCAGAGCGUACGAGACUGCCUGAAAAAAAAAUGGGCGCAUUUUUGCACAUAGCCCUGCCUCGCCUGACCGCGACUGAGGCGUUGGCCCGGCCGCUGAUGCUAGAUCGGACGGCGAAGAUGCGGAGAUAGCCGCAACACAUGCUUGUGGAUACGUGGAGUUAGUUUUUCAGACACUGUAUAAAGAUUGCACAUACAGACAUGUCAGUCAAUGCAAUGUAAAUAUUGCAUCGUGAAAUAAAAUGUAUUUUCCAGUAAA